AUGGGUUCAAACGGCGAGCUCCCAUCAACAUCUUCCCGGCCAUGGGUUGAAACACCCCUUAUCCGCUCAGCGCCCCUAUCUCGGGCAGCAGGCUGCAACAUCUACCUCAAGCUCGAAACCCUCCAGCCAUCUGGCUCCUUCAAAUCCCGGGGCAUUGGAAACCUUAUGUCUCAAGCUAUCAUGCAGCAUGGCCCCGAAAAGCCCAUCCGCUUCUACUGUUCCUCAGGAGGGAACGCCGGGUUGGCCUGCGCAACCGCGGCACUCGCCCUCGACAGACCAGCAACUAUAGUCGUCCCACUGGCAACUAGCUCUUUCAUGGUUGAGAAGCUUCGGGCCUUGGACGCCGACGUGCAGCAGGUUGGCGCACACUGGAGUGAGGCUGAUGCAUUCCUUCGGAACUCCCUCCUCGGACCGGAUCCAAAUGGUGUGUAUGUGCCGCCUUUUGACCACCCAGAUAUCUGGGCAGGGAAUGGAACGAUCGUCGAUGAAGUUGAGGAGCAGAUGCAGGAUGUCCCUGGGGGCUACGAUGCCUUGGUGUGUAGCGUCGGGGGUGGCGGUUUACUGGCUGGCCUUGUGGAGGGGUUAGAAAGACACGCGCGUCUGACUUCGUCUGCUUCCUCUGCGCACCAGCUGCUGGAAGGAUCCAACAAUCCACCAGGGAACAAGAAACCCCAAGUCCUCGGAGUCGAAACUGAUGGCGCCUCCUCUCUCGCCCUCUCCCUUAGAAACGGCACUCUCAGCACCCUCCCCACCAUCACAUCUAUUGCUACCUCCUUAGGCGCGACACGGGUAGCACCACACGUCUUCUCCCUCACGCAGACAUAUCCAGAUCAUAUCGCAAGUGUCGUAGUGUCAGACGCUGAGGCCGCCAUGGCCAGCGUAUAUUUUGCGGACGACACGCGCAUGAUAAUCGAAGUAGCAUGCGGGGCAAGCGUCGCGGUGGCGUACAACAGCCCGAUGCUCCGCAAGGUGCUGUUUCCUGGCUGCAGUGAUGAGGAGUUCCGGAGCAAGAAUGUCGUUGUUGUGGUUUGCGGGGGUAGUAAUGUUAGUUUGCAGGUGCUGGAUGAGUAUAGAAGGAAGUAUCAGGAUGAUGAGAGAGUACUGGGCGCGUUUGGGAAAAGGGCAGUGAUUUAG